CGAGCGGAGUCAGUCUUGGGCAAGAUGGCCGGUCGGUCGAGCGCGGCCCACUAUUACUACCUUGCGUUGAUCCUCCAUCUGGUCCUGCUAACGGAAUGCAAUUACGGAGUGCGGUACGGUGACAGGGCGAAGCGGCUGUACGUCGCGGAGUCCAGCGAUCAGCAGUAUCGGAAGCCGCUUAUUAUCGACAGACGGAACGCGGAUCCGCGCGGCCAGGAGCACGACGACGGGGAAACGUCAUUCGCGCGUACGCGCCGAGACGCGCCCGCGCCCGCGCCCGCACCUACGCCCGCGCCCGCGCCCGCACCGUUGCCGGAGCACCCGAAUAAUAAUCCAAACAUCACGACGAGGGUCAAUGCUUUAAAUGAUUCGCAUCAGCAAUUGAUGGUACAUUGGGUCGGGGAGGGCUCCAACGUAAUAAUAUGUCUAGCGAGGGAUAGCACGCCCGUGGUACGCUACCAAGGAGGUGGUAAAUUCUCCUCCCCGACUCAUCCUAGCGCUGUGUACAUCAGUUACGAUUAUGGCGACACGUUCGAGAAUAAGACUGAACUGUUCAGGGUUUCGUCCGACCCCAAUGCUCAUUAUGCGGUUGUGGACAAAUUCACCAAUCAUCCUAAGUACUACCAACACUGCGUCUUCGUGGACAGUCAGAAUAGUUUAAUCUUUAUAACAUAUAAUAACGGUCUAACAAUCCAGAGGGUCACGGUGCCGUUUCAUCCGAGCGAAGUCUCGUUUUACGAAUUAGACCCACGGGUGCUCAUCGCACUGGACAAAGUUGAUUCAGCGCGGAAGUUGUGGCUGUCGACCGAUCGUGGAACAUCCUGGGUACCGAUUCACCAAUUCGUAAAGGCUUUCUUUUGGUCUUCGGAUCGCGUUCUAUUGGUUGAACGCAUGGAGCCUACUGGACUAAAUACGGUUUUGAAGCUGGAUCUGCGAAAUUUGCCCUGGUAUCAAAGAGCGAACAAUGCGUUGCGAGUUAGAAUGUCUAUACGAAAGGAAUUUAUCGUGGUUAUUCAAAACAUUGAGAAUUUCCAGAUCAGAGGUGACUACAUGUUCGCCACUAUGAAAAAUUCGAAGAAUGGAACGUCGGAGCAUCUGGAUCUGUACGUCUCCUAUAAGAAUCAAACGUUUGUCCCAGCGCAUUUUAACACGGAAUUGGAUUGCAAAGAUUAUCAUAUUGUAGACGUGUCGUACAAUCGAGUCUUCAUCGCUGUGUCGCACAGCGACACUAUGAUCAAUCUUUACGUGUCGCAAGUUAUAGACCACGAGAAAGCUAUAUUUACAUUGUCUCUGGAGAGCAUCCUCACAUUUUUCCCCAACAGUACUUGGAAGGACAGUUGGUUGAAUGACGUGGCUGACGAGGCAUUCACGGAUCUGUAUAAGGUCGAAGGUCUUCGAGGUAUAUACAUAGCGUCGCGGGUCAAAGGUAACCCGAAAUCAAGCUCGAUCGGGCCGGAACACUUGGAGUCAUUAAUCACUUUCGAUCAUGGCGUUAGUUGGAACAGUAUUAAGGCACCAUCGACGAAUCACGAAGGCUUUUACAUUCACUGCACAAAAGACUGCUCGUUACAUUUGAGUCAGAGAUUCAGUCAAUUAUAUCCGGUGACAAGAUCCGUCACUAUCAUGAGCUCGAAAUCGGCGCCCGGAAUAAUAAUGGCCACCGGUGUGAUCGGAUCUAGCUUGAAGGGUCAUCCUGCGCUUUACGUGUCUAGAGACGCCGGUCUUACGUGGAAACAAGUACUGAAGGAUUAUUACUUCUUCAACAUGGGCGAUCACGGAGGUUUACUAGUGGCGGUUAAGUAUUUCAAAUCGCGCGGGGAGACCAGAGAUAUCUCGUACUCGACAGACGAGGGCGAGACGUGGGAGACAUACGAGUUCAACGAGAAAAUGUUACGUGUCUACGGCCUCAUGACGGAGCCUGGAGAAAACACCACGGUGUUCACCAUGUUCGGAUCGGACAGCGGGCAGCAUCAAUGGCUUAUCAUCAAGGUCGAUCUACGAAAUGUGUUCGAGAGGGAAUGCACGGAGGAUGACUACAAGUUUUGGUCUCCGUCGAGCACCGACCAACCGGUCAUGGCUUGCGUGUUAGGACGUAAGGAAACGUAUCAGAGACGCGCGCCGCGCUCCAAUUGCUACCAGGGCGUAAACUACGAUCGGGCAGUGAGACUGGAAACCUGUCAGUGCGACGCGAACGAUUAUCAGUGCGAUUACGGUUUCAUGCGCGUCGGGAAUCCCUAUCACUGCAUUCGCAAUAAAUCCAGCGUCGCCGAUCACGAUCCUUACGCCGUGCCGAUCACGUGUCAGCCCGGUGCGUUCUAUAAUCGCACAAAGGGUUACGUGAAGAUAUCCGAUGAUGACUGUACCGACGGCCUCGCGAGGAACUUUGAGCCCGACGAGAUCCCAUGUCCGAUGGACGAGAAGCCGGAAUUCUUAUUGGUCGCCCAACGAGAACACAUUACGCGAAUCGACUUGGUGGAGAAUAAAAUGGAGACGUUACCUGUGCACGAUCUAAAGAAUGUCAUUGCAAUCGAAUUCGAUAUGAAAAAUAACUGUCUGUACUGGGCAGAUAUUGUAAACGACACAAUCGGUAGACAGUGUCUGAAGGAUGGCGCUAGCUAUCCCGAGAUUCUCGUUGAGACCGAUCUGAGUUCCGUCGAGGGAAUGGCCUUCGAUUGGGUGUCUAAUGUGCUCUAUUUUGUGGACGGUGUUAAGAUGAGGAUACAGAUAAUCCGAACGGAUGUACCUGCUAUGGGCAGAAUGCGCAGGACGAUAUUAGGGCCGAACAAUCUGCAAAAGCCCCGAGGUAUCGCGGUUCAUCCUAUGAACGGCUAUAUGUUCUGGACCGAUUGGGCACCGGGCAAUGCCUCGGUCUCCCGAGCCAACUUGGACGGCACGGACGUUAAACGAUUGUUCACUAAGCCCAAUGUCGAAUGGCCGAACGGAAUAACGAUCGAUCAUAUCGCCGAACGUAUCUACUGGGUGGACGCUCGAGCGGAUUACAUAGCUUCCUCCGACUUCGAUGGUAAAAGGUUCAAGAAGAUCAUCGCUAACGACGCGCGUGUCUCGCAUCCAUUCGCGGUCGCUGUGUUCAAGGACAACGUGUAUUGGGACGAUUGGAAGCAGUCGAUGAUAUUCAUCGCCAACAAGGAUCACGGGGUCGGAAUCAACACGGUAGUCGGUUUCCAGAUCGCGGGUCUGAUGGAUCUCAAGAUCUUCGCGCACAGCGUGCAGAUCGGCAAGAACGAGUGCGCGAAGAACAACACGUGCUCGCACAUCUGCCUGGGCGCGCCGCACAACAGCUACGUUUGUCUCUGCCCGGACGGUAUGGUGAUGACGGACGGCAAGUGUUUCUGCCCGAACGGUGUCAAGCCGUACACCAACUCGACGUGCCCGCGCGUCGCCAGCACCUGCUCGUCCAACCAGUUUGCCUGCAACAACCACGUGUGCAUCCCCGAAUUCUGGAAGUGCGACGGCGACAACGACUGCGGCGACAACUCAGACGAGGUGCAUUGCAACCGCGCCACGUGCAGCCCGAAUAACUUCGAAUGCGACGAUAACAAAUGCAUACCUAAAUACUGGGUGUGCGAUCUGGAUCGUGACUGCAAGGACGGCAAGGAUGAGGUGAAUUGCACGUACACCAAUUGCACCGAGACGCAGUUCAAGUGCCACAACGGCCGCUGUAUAUCUCAUCGUUGGCGCUGCGACGGCGAGGACGACUGCCGCGACGGCUCGGACGAGCAGAAUUGCACCAAGAACGUUCAACCGAAUACGUGUCGCUCCGACGAGAUGGUCUGCAAGGCGGAUCACUCGUGCAUACCGACCUCUUGGAAGUGCGACGGCGAGCCAGACUGCGAGGACGGCGCCGACGAGAAGGACUGCAACAACAUGGUGUGCGAGUCGUGGCAGUUUACAUGCAACAACACUAAGGAGAACGGACAUCGGUGCAUAUAUAAAUCAUGGGCAUGCGACGGUGACAAGGACUGCGUCGACGGCUCCGACGAGAUAAAUUGCACCAUCACCACUAUCGCACCACCGAUAAGCCCGUCUAUAUCGAUGAACUCCUGCAACGACUGGAUGUUCAUGUGCAACAACAAGAAAUGCGUGCCCUACUGGUGGAAGUGCGACAGCGUGGACGACUGCGGCGACGAUUCCGACGAGAUAGGCUGCGGCGGCGGCGUGGACGGCGGCCUAGAUCCUACGCCUCCGAUUCACACGACGCAACAGCCGCGCAACUGUCGCGAGCAUCAGUUCCAGUGCUACAACGGCGAUUGCAUUGAGAACGCGUGGGUGUGCGACGGCUCCAACGACUGUCCGUCGGGCGAGGACGAGCAACACUGCGAGCAGACGCACGCGUGCCGCGAGAACGAUCAAUUCAUGUGCCGUCAAGACGGCUCGUGCGUACCGCUCUCGAGCAUCUGCAACGGCAUCGAGGAGUGUCCGGACGGCAGCGACGAGCUUGGUUGCCACACGGAUCACGAGGUGAACCCACCUGCCACGCCGUCCUGCUACGUUGGCCUUUUCCCAUGCGACGAGACCCGCUGCUUCCCGCUGGCGGCCUACUGCGACGGCAAACACGAUUGUCUAGACGGCUUCGACGAGAGUAAUUGCGAGAAGAACGGCUCGCGCGUGUAUCAGGUGCUAGUGAUGGGCGUGGAUGAGCGCUCUGUCAACGAUUCGAGUUUCUUCCUCUUCUGGUGGAUGCCUAUACCGUCGAACGUGACGUUCGAGUUUUUGCCGUCUAUCGCGCGGGCGGUACCAGGGGCCAAGUGGACCAACGCCAGCGAGUGGAUCGAGGACACGGAAUACCCGUUCAACAAACUCGAACCGUACACUAAGUACAAUCUGACGGUCUACGUGAAGGUGAAGGGCCAGGCCACCGUAUUCCCACCGGCGAAGUAUCUGGUGGUGAUGACCGGCGAGGGUGUGCCGUCCGAGCCGUGGUCCGUGAACGUCACGCAGAAGAACGGCAGCCGUGUGGAGCUCGCCUGGACACCGCCCAUACGUCCCAACGGUCUCAUUAUCGGAUAUCAGGGCUUUAUGACGCCGCCGAUACCGCCGAUGGAGUUCAAUUGGCAGAAGAUGACCUCCGCGGUCAUCGACCGCGUGGGCUUCGAAGCGGGCAAGAAUUAUUCCUUCUGGAUCGUGGCGAAGAACCGGCAAUAUCAAUCUGCCUCGUCGAAGGUUGUCACGCUGAUGUUCGACGGCUCGGCCAACAUCGAAGACAUCGAAGAUCUCCGUGUGGUGGCCACGACGAAUCACUCGGUCACUUUGACGUGGAAGAAGCUGAAGGACGUGGACGGGUAUCACAUCACUCCCAGAGCACCGCCAGCGUAUCCGGCUCUGCAAACCGUCUCGACCAUGGACAAUCUGAUGGAGGUUAAGAAAUUGGCGCCGGGUACCAAAUACACCUUCGAGGUCGGCGCGAUGAAGAAGAAGUACAUCGGUAGGAUCGCCAUGGUGACCGCCACGACGAACGGCACCGUGCUGCCGACGGUAAUUGACUUCGACGCGCAAUUGGUCAAGUCCCAGAGAACGACCGUCAAGCUUACUUGGGACCCACCGAAGAGCAACAGGAAGAUCAAGUGGCAAUACGCUAUUCACUACGCUACCAACAUGUUGGAGUUCUUUAAAGCUUAUAAACUCAUCACCACUAAUCUCACGGCUACAAUCAAGGAUCUGGAAGCGUGUGAAUCGUACGUCUUUGCCGUUGGCGUUAUUGGGGAUUACGGAGCGGGACCUUUAAAUCAACCGAUUACGGUCACGACGCACUUCAACAAACGUGCACCUCCGAAGAGAUUGCGAGUAACGUCGUCGCCGGAUAAAAACGAUAGCAUAAUCGUCUCAUGGAGCGCGAGUUGUCCGACGAUUGACGAACCGAUCAGUUACACGAUUUCCGUUACGGAAAUGAUUCUCAACAAGCAGAUAACUGUGACAUUGUCACCGACUAACGAAACCAUUAUGAAGCAUACGUUCAAUUCCAUCAAGUACGGCGGAAAGUACAGUAUUACAAUAGCCACAGAUGUCGAAAAUGCCAUACCCACGCAACCGUUUAUCUACGUAGCGCCGCCAAUCAAGCCGCCUCAUCAGCUCACCGUCUUACACGAUAAUACGGAAUAUUUGAUUUAUUGGCAAGAACCGGAUUUGCCGGAGAACAUCCGGAAGGAUGCCAAUCUGUACUAUGAAAUUUUGGUGGCCGAGGGAUCGAGAACAAUAAACGAAUCGACCGCCAAAGUCUUGCAGGCCAAAGAUCCGCCUUACCGUUACAAGGAUGCCAAAACGGAUACGAUUUACACCUUCGCCGCGCGUUUGGUCACGAACGAAGGCUACCAAAGUCCAUUGAGCGAAACUUGGAGCACGCAGAUAUCAGGAUCGCAGCUUCCGGUGAUAAUGAAUACGUCGAGCAUAUUAUCUCUCGCUAUACCGAUCUGUUUGAUCGUUAUAGCGCUCGGUGCUGCGCUCGCAUAUUUCAUUGUUCGACAUAGGAGGCUAUCUAACAGCUUUACGCAGUUUGCCAAUAGCCACUACGAUACGAGACGGGGACAAGCCACUUUCCCAGGCACGACAGAUGGUUUAGAAGAAGAAGACAGUCCGGUAAUUCGAGGCUUCUCAGAUGACGAACCGCUCGUAAUUGCAUGAAUACUAUAUAUAUAUACAUAUAUAUAUGUGUAUAAACAGAAUAUUUACGUACUAGGAAAGACGAUGUGCCAAGACACUAUUAAUGGAGAUAGGCAUUUUAUGCUUUUGAUCAUAAUAGCAUAAUGUCAAAAAUUGUUCUUAAGCUCUAAUUUUGAUAUUAGUUACGCAUAGUACGCACUUCGUACUGACAGAUUUCAGUCGCAUAAUAACACAUAAUGAGACCUCCGCGCAGCAUAAUGCGGUUCUCGCGUAAUUAUCGAAAAAAGUCCGUUUUUGCACUUAAAACACUCGGAUUUGGGGAAAAACGACGUACACUUUUCAAAAUUGUACACUUUCUCCGCUCUGUCGCCGCAGGAGCUGGGUUGGAAGCCAGCCUAAAAGUUUCUCGAUUGGAGAAUCUCGAAAGUAUCGUGGAGGAAGAGGGGAACGGUUGAGGGCGACGGAUGUUUGUAACCACGGUCUUACAUACAGGUCUAGCCCAAUUUCUAUAUUUCUCAUUUUUCAUACAAUUUCACAGUCGUCAUGGGCUGUUACAUAUUACGUGAAAGGUCGAAAUCACAUAAUCGCGCAUAAUGAAGGCAUAAUCAGGCAUAUUUUUUCUUGGCAUAAACCAUAGGUGUUCAAAAGCAUAAAGUGCCUAUACCUAACUAUUAAUAUAAUAAUUUUGAAUAUAAAUCAAGCUUUAUAAUGGAAGGAAAAGCUUUUAUGAAAGCGUCUCAAGACUGAAUACUUAACUGUGACCGUACUUGUGCUGUUGCAGUUAACAACUAUUGAUCGAUAAACAGGCUGCUUAGAGCGCUUACACGAGAGCUUUUCGCGUCGUUCAUUAAGUACGUUUGUAGAAAUAUGGUAUACACGUACAUGACGAGUGCUCGAAGUAACUACCUGCCGUGAAGUUGGAAAGGCCAUUGCACCUCAAAUUCGAGUGUAAACAAGUCCAGGACGGCUGUAGGUUGGAAAUAUGAUUACCGUAUAGUGAAAGGAUAAACGCCAAUCGUUGAAAUCGACGGCAGUUUGUAUAUAGUAAAUAUUUUUUAUGGAUGGAUUGAUUGAGACUUUCGAGGUGACACACAUUUGCAUUUUUAAUAUUAUAUUUAUAUGAACUGUAUGUGUGAAGAAACUUUUUUAGUUCGUAUUCAGAUUUGUUGAUGCGAAAGUGAGUUACCGGCACUCGGGACACGAACUUUUUGGUAAAAGCUGUUUUAAUAAACACCCCACAGAGGCCAUAAGUUUUUUCCAUAUAGCAAGUGCAUGACCAAAGUAACACUUUCUUCUAAUGCCGCAUUCAAGAGGUAUAUCAAUCUCGUCUGUUCAUAGAAUAGAUUCCUAUGACGUUUCAUUCGAGUUCUUCGGCUUGAAUAAUCGUCUCGAGCAACUUUUUAUGAUCGUCCCGAUUAGAAUUAUAUAUCGACCGCGAUGCGGGAUUGAAAGAAGUCUUUAUAAGCGAGUUUCGAUCUCGCGAAAGGGUGAUCUGACCCUCGUAAAAAGUGUGUUACAAUUAUUGCGAUUUGAACACAAUGCUAAGUACGUUUUUUUUUUAUCUUUAGGUACACAUAAAAAAAGUAAUUCGUCAAAUAAUUGUGUGCUUUGUACGAUUAAGUAGAUUACUUUUUUUUUUAAUCUUACAUUUAAAAAAAUCAUAGAUUAUUCUCACCAAGAUCGAACGUUUUUAGUUAAGAUUAGGAGAGGUUUACCAACAAGAUGCCGAUGAGAAAAUAAAAAAAAGAAACGACCGUCGGGUGUUCUCAGUGCGAAUAAAAUGGUAGUGAAUGCGUCGUAACUUUCAGAUUGUUGUAAAUGUAAAUAAUGUUUAAAUAUUUAAGCGUGUGAUCUUUCACCGCUUAAUCCGUUGGAUUAUCCGUAAAAGACAUUAAUGGUUGAAUCCCGCGAUCAGUUAUAUUUUUAUGUCGGAAUAGUCUAAGAUUCUCUAUAUGCAUACGCGCCGCGACGACGAAAAGAAACCAUCGAUUUCACAGGAUCUUUUGCUGCGUAUAUGACAUACAUAUACACAAACGAGAGCAGUUUUAUUGCAAAGAGUCUAGAUGUAAGAUUGAUUGUAUUUUUAAUUAAUUGUCUUUUUUCUCUCUUCUCUUCUCUCAAAUAAAAAAGAAAUGUGUGAUGUGCUACGAGUUUCUAAAAAAACUCAUGUAUUUUUGAGCGGAUCAUUUUGUUCGAGUCAAUAUGCCGAGUCGACGAACGCGUUAAACAGAUUGAACGGCCGGCAUUUCUAUGCCAUUGUGAAAUUGUGAAUUAAUCUAAAUUGUGAUAACAAGAUUGUAAUUCACACAUUUACAUCCUGUUGCAUAGCAUACUGAUAUUUCUGAAAAUCUCGCUCUUUUUGACGACAGAAAAAUAAAGUGAUGCAGGGUAUACGCGCGAAACGACGGCGGAUCGUUGAAAAGCUAACAGUAUUAAUGAGGUUUGGUACGUUUCCUUUGUAUCAGCUACGACAUAAUAGUGACCUCCCGAACGAGUUGAAUUAAUUAUAAAGGAAAGGUUUCCCCUGUUGGUACUUGACGCGAUUACGCUCUCGGCCCACCAACGGUUUACUUCUUCCCUUUUUUUUGCUACACGUCGUCAAAUGUUGGAGAAGAAAAUACUAAUAAAAAUGUCCAUGUUUUUAAAUCUGUGUUACGCGGCUUUUAUACGUAAUCAAUCAAAUAUUGAUGCAAUUUUAUUGUAUCAAUAACAGUGAUAUAAUUGACAUCAUAUGAUAUCGACAUAAUUGAUAUAAUUAAUAUAUCAUUGAUAUCAUUUAUAUCAAAUAAACAAUAUUAUUAUAUAAUAUGGAAAUAUUAUGUAAUAAUAUUGUUCAUGGGCCGCUUUAGCGAGAGCGAUGAGAAUAGAAGAGAAUAUAUAUAGCUGAUUUACAUGUAAAUGUCAAAAAAGUUAUAACGCGACAAGAGACAGUGAUAUAUAAUAUAUAUACAUAUAUAAUAUAUUUACGUGUAAAUAAAUAAACUUAAGUCACAGAAUAUUUGUCAUUUAAA